ACAACAAGGAUGAAGGCAAAUACUGUGGCUUUGCUGAGUCUCACCCUUGUGUUCCUGGCUCCUGCUGCUCUCGGUCUGGGAUUUACACUGACCAGCAGAUAUUUUCGCAUUUGUUUGCGGGUCAGUACGGGGCCUUGCCUUCAAUUCGUUUGGACCAGUGGAGACCGGUUACUGGACGUCGCAACUACCAAGUGUUUGGGAGCCCAAGGCAGAACUCAGGGAAGUGGAGUCAGCCUUUACGACUGUGAUGAAGACAGUGAACUCCAAAAGUGGGAAUGUAGGAACACCUACGGGAUCGCGCUCAAAGGUCAAGAACUCUACAUUUAUUUACGCUCGAACAGCGAUCCAACGCUCACCAGAAGUGCAAGCGUUUUAACACACCUUCACAUCAAAGAGACCGGGAGGGCGGCGUGCACUGAAACAUUCAGAGAGUUGUUCACCAUCGGAGGAAACGCCAACGGGAGGCCCUGCAUGUUUCCCUUUUUUUACAAAGAUAAAUGGUACAGUGACUGCACCAAGACUGACGACAUAAACGGUCAGGACUGGUGUUCAGUUCAAACCAAAUCUGAAAAAGAGCUUUGGGGAUACUGCCCAACUCAAUCCAGAGACCAGUGGACCAAACAUCCAGUGACCGGGGCGUACUACCAAAUCAACGAUGGCUCCACUCUGACUUGGUCUCAAGCGAAAAAGAGUUGCAACCAGCAGGGGGCGUCACUGCUCAGCAUCACUGACCCUCAUGAGCAUGCUUACCUUACAGGACUACUAUCAGGAAACGGAGCCAAACUUUGGAAUGGGCUGACGUUUGACUCAGAGCACGGGUGGCACUGGUCUGAUGAGAGGCCCUACCGAUACAUCAACUGGGACUCAGACUAUCCGAUUGCAACUCCGGGACACGUCUGUGGUUUUCUUCAUCCCGACUCCACGUAUGCAUGGCAAAAUGCACCAUGUAGCAGGAAGCUCGGCUACAUCUGCUACAGCGGACCUACGUUGCAACGUCCUACACCAAUGCCAGAAGACAAUACUAGAUUCUGUUCAAGCCCCUGGAUUCCCUACAACGGUCACUGCUUUCUACUCAGUCGAGACCAGAAGACCUGGUUGGACGCUCAAGCAGAGUGUCGCAGCCAACGAGGCGAUCUGGUCAGCAUCCACAAUGUGGAGGAACAAGGCUUUGUCAUUUCUCAACUUGGAUACGGUCCCAGUGAUGAGCUCUGGAUUGGCCUGAACGACAGGAGGAUCCGCCGCUUGUUCGACUGGAGCGACCACUCCACCGUCAGCUUCACCAGCUGGGAAUUUUUAAAACCUGACGUCAAGUCCAACAAAGAAAAAUGUGUCCUCGUCAGAGGAGAGCGGGGGAACUGGGCAGAUCGAUCAUGUGAGGAAAAGCACGGCUUCAUCUGUAUGAAACCGAGUGCUACACACCCAACAGGAGAUGAAGUGGACGUAAACAGUGGCUGUAAAACUGGAUGGAGGAGACAUGGCUCGUACUGCUAUCUCGUUGGGACACAAACGAAAACCUUUGAAGAAGCUGGAGAACACUGCAAGAGUUCAGGUUCCUAUCUGGCUGAUGUUUCCAAUGGUGUGGACAAUGCCUUCCUCGUGAGCUUGGUGGGAACCAGACCAGAGAAGUAUUUCUGGUUGGGCCUUUCUAACCAGAAAGACGUGGAGGUGUUCGAGUGGACAAACACACCUUUUGUCAAAUUCACCCACUGGAAUGCCGAAAUGCCUGGUACCAACAAGGGCUGCGUGGCCAUGACGACAGGGAUAUUUGCAGGACUCUGGGACGUACUGCCGUGCACCAACAAGGAGAAGUAUAUCUGCAAGCACCUGGCAGAGGGUGUCAAUUUAACUCCUGCACCACCGACUCAACAACCACCACGGUGUGAGGAAGGAUGGACUCGAGUGGGAAAGAGGAACGUCUGCUUCAAGGAAUUUUUGGACUCAUCUUUGGGGAAAAGGGGCUGGUACGAGGCCAGAGAGUACUGCCAGGCCAUGAGAGGAGACCUGCUGAGCCUUCACAGUGUUGAGGACUUGACCGCACUACCAAACAAAUAUGCGAACAUCUGGAUUGGACUUAGCGCUCCUGACACAAAAACCUACGUCUGGAGUGACGGGUCGCCGUUGCAAUUCCAGCACUGGGCGAGUGGGCAGCCAGACAAUAAGAACAGUGUGGAAUCUUGCGUUGAAUUAAAUCUCAAUGACAUACACAACAAUGGAUCUUGGUCGGACGUGCAGUGCGAGAAACAAAACGGAUGGCUGUGUCAAAUGGCAGCAGGACUGAAACCAAAAACCCCUCCCACGCCAAGCCCUCCUGAUUAUAAUGUGACUGCUGACGGCUGGCUUGAGUGGCGAGGACAUCAUUAUUAUUUCAGCAGUGAAAAAAAAGCCAUGGAAGACGCUCGUCACUACUGCAAACAGAGACACGGGGACUUGGUCACCAUUCAGAGCGCGGCAGAGAAUCUCUUUUUAUGGAGACAGGUUGGUGGGCAGCUGAUGCUCGUUGAAAGGUUGGGGUUUCCGUCAGAAACAAUCAGUUUUUCUGCGCAGAUUCACUCCAGUUCAAGAGAUAAUUGGAUCGGUUUGAAUGUGGAACUGGACGGAUCAUUCCAGUGGAUGGACGGAUCUUUGAUGACAUUUGUAAGAUGGGGAGAAAAUCAACCUCUUUUCAAGAACAACGACGAACUCUGUGCCAUUCUGACUACAUCAACAGGCUUCUGGCAGGACCAAAAUUGUGGAAGAGAGUUUGACUUCAUUUGCAAACGCAGCAGCUCAGCGCCCGCAAACACCACCGUGGUGCCACCCACAGACCCUCCAAUGAAAGGUGGCUGCCCUGAGCAGUGGGAGAAACUGAACUCAAAGUGUUACAGAAUCGUCGAUGACAGCGUGGAGACAUGGGAAGGUGCACGGUCAAAGUGCAACGAAAUGGGAGGAAAACUGACCUCGAUUGUUUCAAGACACGAACAUGUGUUCUUGAUGAGCAAAAUGGCGUUUACUAAGAAGACAGACUUGUGGCUCGGUUUGACUGCAGAUGAUGGAAACAUCGUCUACUGGACAGAUGGAAGAGCACUGAAAUAUUCUGCCUUCCAUUCAGCGUGGAAUAGAUACCAAUCGUACUACAUCAAUGACUGGCAAUACGUGCAUUACUUCACUGACUUUUGGAAGAAGAAACAGUGCUUUGUCAUGUCGACUCGCUCAAUGCAGCAACUCGGGACAUGGAUGCCAGCAUCCUGCAGUGACACCAAUGGAUACAUCUGUCAAUGGAGAGUUGACCCGUCUUUCAAGGAUGUGCCAACGGUUUACACAGACUACAUCAAAUUAGGGAAUGACUCUUUUAAGGUGAUCCAACAGAAGUUAGCUUGGGAUGACGCCAAGAAACACUGCGAGGACGACGGUGCCACGCUGGCUAGCGUGUUGGACAAACGUUCAGAAAGUUAUGUCAGUCUGAUGGCGAUAACCUUCAACUCUUCCAUGUGGAUUGGACUGAGGAAGACUAAAGACGAUGGAUACUUCCAGUUCAUUGAUGGAUGGCAAAUGACAGUAUUUAGAUGGGGUUGGCAUGAACCCAGCCGUGACCGCCACUGUGUGUACGUGGACACUGACGAAAGAUGGAGGACUGCUCACUGCAAUCGGACAGCCUAUGCCGUCUGUAAGAAAUCGACAGCUGUUGCACCGACGUCACCAAGCGUCCACCCAGGAGUUUGCCCAGACACACACAGCGAGUGGAGCCACACUGCCUGGCUACCAUUUAAAGGCUACUGCUACAAAUUCAUAGAAAACAGAAUGUGGUGGACCGAUGCCUCUGGAUACUGCAGGACACACGGUGGACACCUUGCAAGCAUCGUGGAACCAGACGAACAGAAGUUCAUUGAAACUCACGCAAAGAUGUUUGAAGACAGCUUCGACAGUUUCUGGAUCGGCUUGUACAAGACCCGAACAGAACGGUGGUUGUGGGAGGACACUGCAGUCAUGGACUACAUAAACAUGCAACUCAACAAUUCUGGGAUCAAAGACUAUGGAGCCUUGAGAACGUCUGAUGGGACAUGGCACACAGAUAAUGUGUACAUGUCAAAAGCAUUCAUUUGCAAAAUGGCCAAAGUGAUGCCGCCAUCACCGUCUCCAACUGCUGGAACUUCUAUUGGUGAGCGUCGAGGUCGAAGUCACAUCGCCAUGGCGACUGUUGUGGUCCUCAGUGGACUUGGAGUUGGACUGCUCAUCAUCUUCGCAUUCUACCAAAAAUCUCGGCGCCCCCUUCCUGCGGUGGAGCAUCUGAACAACUUUGAUAACCCACUGUUUUUCAGCAGAGAGGAACCUGAGGUGGCGGUCAACAAACUCGUCGUCACUGCAGACGACCACAUACUAGACAUAUAAUGUGUUUGCAACACAAGGAUGGAAACACCACCUGACGCUUGCACCAAACACCAUGUCAUUGGUGUGAUGGAUCAGAUACAAUACUCAAAGGAAAUUCCUCCCCUGAGUUCCAAUCAAAGUGAACAAACAAAAACGACCACUACUUUUGGAGAUGUGGACCAGAAAGUUCUGUCAGAAAUUUUCAAUUUGUGAAUUUGAACAAAGCAUCACCAACUCUCAUCAAGUCCACAGACUUUUCUCUCCUCCUCUUUGGUCAUUUCAGAGGUUGUCACAGGAGGUCCUCCCCCUUCAGCUGUCUUGAUCCCAGUCCAUUUUCAUCAUUAACCGCACUGCUGCUGUCCUCUUCUCUAAACAUCUUGGUCCAACAUUGUCUCCCCUCAAACCGUCUUACACAUCUCCUUACUCCGCCACAUGCCUCUCUAAUGGACUCACUCCUCAUCUUGUCCAAUGACAACCUCAGUAUCUGUGACUCACCAAUGAUGGGAAAAAGGCAACGUUGAAUGUGAACAGCUAUCACCCAAAACACACAGUGGCAUAAAGUACUUCCUCAUUUUGUACAUUUCGUCGAAAAUAUAUUUAUUGAUAUAUAAAUGAUGACUCCACUCCAACAAUCACCUGUGAAGUUUGGUCGAAUGUGGGGUCUCUUUUUCGACCUGGUUCCAGACUAUUUACUCGGGCUGACUAUCUGUGUGCGUAAAUGGCACCAACCUUUAUGAACACGUGGCAAUGAAUGGAGGUGUUUUGUUUUGCUUUAUUUGUUUCUCUUUCAAACACCUAUCAUCUGUACAAUGUAUUGUUGUGGACAAUAACUCUCGGUUGUAAUCUCCUUUUUUUCUAAUCCUUGUAAAAUUGUCAC